UACGAAAUGGCAAUUAUAUGGGUGACCAUUUUUUUUCAAAUUCAAUCAAAGAUUUGGAACAGCAGCAAUAUCAAAAUUGAGUGCUAGGAGGAACUGGAUAAGAGAAGAGCUAGCCAACCGAAUAGGUGAAGCACGAGAGAUGUUAGAUUUCAAAUGGAAACACGAAAGUUUAUAAUCCUGUUAGUCCUCGCGCUGUCCCUGGAUUCCAGCAGGAAUGUUGGGGCAGCGCUUCACAUGCAGGACGCCCAAAUAACAACGAUCACCAGGCUUAACAAUGGAGACCAAUUCACAGCGCAAGGAAGCUCGUGUAAUCCUGAAACAUGUAUAGGACUCAGCAGUGGCACAGCUACAGCGGUAUCGGAUAUUUCAUCAUCUAAAAAGGAAGGAUCUUGUACAUGCCAAUGUCAUCCUCAUCUCCCGGCUUACCGCGAAGAUUGGCAGAUCUGUGUCGACGACAUACGUGAAUGCGUCCUGUCGCCUUUCGUCAGCGGUUCGAUGUCGCAGCAGAUUCCUUUCGUCUUUCUACCUCUCAAGGGACAGAUCAUACAUCCGAGCAAGGAGAUCAGCUUCGCAGGGAUCCGGACACCUGUUUGCGGCAUCUCCGGGGCGAAGUUCCUAACAGACGGCGGAUGGAUCGAUCUCAGGAAUCCGCUAGACACAGAUGUGCCAUUCAGACUGUUCCGAGAUGAAGGCAGGACGUUUUUGCAAUGGGUAGGUGAGCCCGAGUUGCGUGCCCGUAUGGGGGGCCGCUUGGUUCUGGUCCAUCUAAUGUGCAAGGAGAUCUCGACCGACAUAGAUCGGGACCAACCAGCACCUACAGCAGCAGCUACAGCAACAGCAGCAGCGCCGCAGGUGCCGUUGGUAUUCACGCCGUGCGUGGCCUUCCGCAUUGUCGGAACUCCCACGAAAUAUUUGAACAGUAAAUGAACCAGAACGCGCUCGAUUGGA